AUGGCACAGGAACGUUCCGGAAUCAUCGUCGGGCUGAACAAGGGCCACAAGACCACCGCCCUUAACACCCCCAAGACCCGGGUCAGCCGUACCAAGGGACAGUCUUCCCGCCGCACGGCUUUCGUUCGUGAGAUCGCCCGCGAGGUUGUCGGUCUUGCCCCCUAUGAGCGUCGUAUCAUCGAACUCCUGAGAAACACUCAGGACAAGCGCGCUCGUAAGCUCGCGAAGAAGAGGCUCGGAACCUUCUCCCGUGGAAAGGCCAAGGUCGAGGACAUGCAGCGUGUCAUCGCCGAGGCCCGCCGUCUCGGUCACUAA